GCCAUGCGUUUAGGCAAAGAAAGAAAUAAGGUUAAUACAUGUGUCAGUACUGGAUCUUGAUCUCAAUGAAGAUCAAUGAAACCAUCUAUCCUCCAAACAGAUAUAAAGAUUAACAUGCGUAGCUUCAAAGCCAAGAGUAAUGGCAAAUUUGUUUCCCGUAUUUGGAUUAUCAUCAGAUUCAGACCAAGAACACAGUUCUAGUUUCUGGAAUUUAAAGACAUGUAGAGAGAUCCUGGUAGCCUCAUCGAUCGGGAUAAUUGUUGCAGCAGCAGUGCGGUAUCAUGUAAAGAAGCGAAGGGAUCAAAAGAUCAUUCCACGCUUAAGAGCAAGGGACACAGGCCAUGGUCGCAUUGAAAAUCUCGAAAGCUUCCCUCAUUACGUAGCUAGGCAGAUGGGAUUUAAAGAUAGAAGACAUUGCCCUUUGCUCUGCAAGUUAGCAACAGAAUACAUCAGGAAAUGCGAUGGUUGCGAAGAGGAUAUAUAUACAUAUUUCUCUAAUGAACCAGAUGUGGAUUCACUGUUUGUUAAGCUCGUGGAAGAGUUUGAGAGAUGCAUUCUUAGUUAUUUUGCAUUUCAUUGGAGUCAUGCAGAUCUUAUGAUUAGUCAGGUAUUAAGUUCUGAUGCUGAACCCAAGAGAAAGCUCAAGCAGAUUGUCAUGGCAGCAACUAGGGAACAAAGAUUUGAGAGGGUGACAAAAAGUCUGAAGGUGGCUAGGGUUUUCAAUACGUUGGUGGAAGAAAUGAAAGCAAUGGGACUCACCUCAACUGAUGAUUCCCGAUGUACAGAGGUGAUGGCUCCAGUGGCUCACAGUGAUAGAAGCCCAGUGCUGCUACUCAUGGGAGGUGGGAUGGGAGCUGGGAAGAGUACCGUCCUUAAGGACAUCCUCAAAGAAACAUUCUGGGCUGGCGCAGCAGGAAAUGCAGUAGUGAUCGAGGCAGAUGCAUUCAAAGAAUCAGAUGUCAUAUACAGAGCCCUCAGCUCCAAAGGUCAUGCAGACAUGGUUCAUACAGCAGAACUGGUGCACCAAUCAUCUACAGAUGCUGCAUCAUCCCUCCUAGUGACAGCACUCAAUGAGGGGCGGGACGUGAUCAUGGAUGGAACACUCUCCUGGAUACCAUUUGUUGUGCAAACAAUAACUAUGGCCAGAUGUGUCCAUCGCCGGCGAUAUCGUAUGGGUGUUGGUUACAAGCGAAAACCUGAUGGGACUGUAAUUGAGAACUACUGGGAGCAAAUUGAAGAAGAUCAAUUGCAAGAAGGAGGGAAAAGGAGGAAGCCAUACAGAAUAGAGCUGGUUGGGGUUGUUUGUGAAGCCUAUUUAGCGGUCAUUAGAGGCAUAAGGAGAGCUAUAAUGUGUAGACGCGCUGUAAGGGUGCAGUCACAAUUGAAAUCCCACAAGAGAUUUGCAAAUGCGUUUCCAACAUAUUGCCAACUGGUUGACAGUGCUAGGCUGUAUUCCACCAAUGCUUUGGAAGGUCCACCUAAGUUGAUAGGAUGGAAAGAAAGAGAGAGAACCUUGCUAGUUGAUCCAGAUGAAAUUGACUGUUUAAAGAAAGUGGGCAGGCUGAAUGAAGAAGCUGAGUCCAUAUAUGAACUUUACAAGCACCCCAACCCGGCGUGUGAAGCUGGUUCAAUCUGGAAAGACAUUGUACUAUCACCUUCUAGACUAAAUAUUCAAAAGGAGCUGAAGUUUACCAUCCAGAAAGUGGAAAGAAUGACGCAGCACAAAAAGAGUUAAAAGCUUAUGAAUAUUCACCAAAAAAUUUACAUGCUGAAGGAGGUAUCUCAAACCUUUUUCUAUAGUUAUGACCAAGAAUGUCUACUAAGGUUGUAUUAAAUCAUGAAGAAUAUGUGUAAAUUUUUUGUUACUAGCUUAGCUCAGUUCAGACUCUGGAACUGGAAAACAGAAUAUUCCCAUUAAUUGUUUCAAAUAAUCUACUAGUAUCGGUAGGUGUGGGGCUGAGCAUUGGAACUCCAAAGAGGAAUUUAAAAGUAAAAGAAAGAGAAAUUACAGCAGCAA